UACAGUAAUGGCGGAUUGCUCAAAAUGUUUGUUGUGAAGGUCGUUGACCGUUUGGUGAUGAAUCUAUCUUAUUCAUUUAACUUAGUCGGUUAUAUUGACCAGUGAAAUAACUUAACAAAGAAAGAGUGAAUAGAAAUUUUAAUUUUCAGGAAUGGCGUCCGAAGAAGUGAGCUUUUUACGCGAUCAAGUGAGACGGUUGAAUGAUGUCCUCAGCCAGUAUCAGUCUCAGUAUCCUCCUCUAAGUCUACAGCCAGGAAAAGGCAGUGAUGCUUCUCCACCUUGGUUUUCUGAUAAAAGCUUGUUGUCACCUUUAGUGGUGGAAUAUGACAGUGUAAUUCAACAGCUUAGGAGAGAGAUUGAACGCUAUAAGGGAGAAAUUGGAGAACUUAAGUCACAUCUAGAGAGAUUGGUAUCUGAAAACAAAAGGCUGACAAGGGAGUUGAAGGAGAAUAUUCAACAUCAGUUAGAGGACUUUGAUUCAGAGGCCUUGAAGCCAAGCACUGGAGAAGAUGAUGAGGUUUUGGAAAACCUACAGCAGCAAAUCAUGGCUGCUUUACAGGAGAAGGAGUCUGCCGUUCAGAUGUGGCAGGAGGCGUGUCAGGAGGUGGAACGCCUGGAGCAGCAGAUUGAGGACUCCAGAAAUGAUCCACGAUUUAGACAUCUGGAGACACAGGCAAUGGCGGUGAAGGAGCAGUAUACCAGAGCAGUGGCAGAUUUGACUGCUGAAGUGCAAUCCCUGCAGGAACAGCUGAGAGUUAGCAAGAAUGAGGGUAGAACAGCCAACAUGCAGGCAGCAGAACUGCGGCAGACACUGGAAGUCUUGGGACAAGAACUGCUGAAGAGGGAACAGGAGAGAGACGACGCAAUCCGUAGAGUAGGGACAUCUGACAGCAGGGAGACGGAAAUGAGGGAGAUUAUAGUUGAACUAGAAUCAAAAUUGUCUACCCAGAACUAUGAGGUGGAUCAGCUUAAAAAGGACAAGACAGAACUGGACCAAAAACUAACAGAGCUUCAAAAGAAAAAUUCUGAUCUGGAGCAAAAGGAGUAUGAAUUUCAUUUGCAAAACAGGGAGAAUGUUCAAAUGGCAGAGAAUGCUUUGUUAGAAAAAGAUCAGGCUCUGCUCAGAGAACAGCAACAAACAGAAGAAAACCAGAGACUACAGGACCAGAUGAGUAAACUGAUAGAUGAGGCUGGCCUCAGGACCAAGAAAGAGGUGGAAAAUAUCCGUAAGCAGUGCAAUAACAAUAUUGCUAAACUCAUGGAAGAACUUCAGAAUAUGGAAAUGGACAACAGUGAGAAGCAAGCCCAGCUUGAAAGAGCUAUCAGAGAAAAGAGAGCAGUGGAGUCUGAACUAGAAAAACUGUAUCAGGAAGGCUUGGUGAUGGGAAGUAAGGAGCAGGCAAACUAUGAAGAGUUGAACAAAAGAGCUUGUCAAGCCGAAACUCUCAGGGACGAAGCUGUCAUUAAGCUGGAGUCUCUGCAGGGGAAUGUGAAGAGAAUGGAGAUGAAUCACAUUCAGGAGAAAUCACAACUUCAAAUGCAAAUUGAUCAGCUACGUGAGCGUGUGACAACAAUGUCGCAAGAAUUUGAGGAUGUCAACCAAGAGCGUAUGAAACUGCUUGACGAAACUGAUAAAUUAAAAAGAAAAAUGCAGCAGGCACAGAAAGAAAAAGAAGCUGCAGAUAGGAAAUGUAGCAAAGAGCUUACCUUACGAGAUCAGGAGCAGCUGAUGAAGGAGCGUGAGUGUGAAGUGCGCAUGCAGAGCAUGGAAGAUGCACACAGACAGUCCACCAAAGAACUCAGGAAUAUGCUGUUACAGCAACAGAGAAUGGGGGCCAAAUGGAAAGAAGAAUGCCAAGCAAUCAGCCAAAAAUUUGAAGGCAAAAUAACAGAUCUGCGAGAUGAAAAUGGCCGUUUGAAGCGCAGAGCAGAGGAGCUGACAAGGCUCCUGGAAGAGUGCAAAGAAAAAACUGUACAGGCAGAAAACCUUGUUAUAGAAUAUACCAACAAUAUUAAGAAGAUGGAGAAUCGUGUGAGAGACGCAGAGUCACGAGCCCAAGAUGCUGCUACACAGGUAUCCAAGCAAUUGGCUAGAGAACGUAGGAUGAGGCAAGAAAGACGCUUCCUGGCCAGUGAACUGGACAGGUCACAGUCAGGACAUCCAGGGGUCAGGUUCCAAGCACCACUGUUAAUGUCCGACUUGGCAUCUAAUGGUCAGUCUGGCCGUGUGUCCCGAGAGGACUCCCAGUCCGAGCACAGUGACCAUAGUCUACCCCUAUCUCAUGGCCGAUAGCCUCUCUUAAAUCAGGAGGUCAACUAGCACUGGACAUUCUUCCUGGUCUCUUUCUUCCAUCUAGAUACCGUUUGUUCAUUGUAAAUGAUCUAUUGUGAUGAAUGCUUAAGCCUACUACUGACCUAAGUUGAUAGAUACAGGCAUAACUGUUAUUCAUUACUUUUUUUUGUGUUUUACCGAUACAAAAAAUCAUUGGGUCAUAAUUUUAUAUUUUAAAGUACUGUUAACAUUUUUUGUCUGUUUAUAGGGCUUCAUUCUUCCUGUACAUGUCUGAUAUUAUGAUUAUCAAAAAAGGACUACAUUCACAUAAUUAUUGAAUAAUUUUUUUAACAGAGGUGUAAAACUUGCAAUAAAACUGUAUUAUUGCACAUUUUGCUGAUUUUUUACAUAUUUGCAGAAUUACUGAAGUUCACGAGAAAAAAAAAAUCAUGUGAAGUUUACUAAAUGAUUAAAAUGUUUGAGGUAAAUUGGUCAUGAAGAAACAUGCGCUGAAAAGUUUAUUGUCCACUCUUUAUCUCAGAGGUGUUGUGCAGAACAAAAUUGAAUUCUGAUUGUCGUAAAAUUUAAGUAAAAUUAACACAAAACAGUUUUACCUUCUAGGCUAGUAAGUUUAUUACUUGAUUUGGUAUGUUCCACAUGCGGUGUGAUAUUAAUCUAGAAUAAUAUGCUCUGUACACAACUUAUUCACUAUUACUACAUUAAAAUAACAUAAAUUAUA